AUGAGCAAUCCCUACGCCUCCAACGCCUACUCGGGCCAAGGUUUGGAACAUCCCCAGCCUCAACAUGCGGCGCUGCAUUCUCAGUCGGACUCUUCCUACAACCAGUAUGGAUACCAACAAGGAUAUGGCCAACAACAAUCCCUGAACCUGCAACAGUACCAACAGCAGUAUCAACAACAGUACCAACAACAAUACCAACAACCUUAUCAAGCAGACUAUCAACAAACAUAUCAGCAAGGCUAUCAGCCCCAAUCUACACAGCAGUUCCAUGACCAGGCAGGUGCCGGCUAUUCCCAACUGGCUCAAUUCCUGCCAAACCAACAAUAUCUGCAACAAACACAACGAGCCCCACAACCACAACAAAACGCAGGGUAUGGCAACUUCUUUUCUGACCCUGCUGCAUCAAUGGCUGCGCAAUUCGCCAAGAACAGUCUCGGCCAGUCCAACCAAUAUCUCCAGCAGAACUUCGGACUGUACAUCCCUGUUGCCGGCGAAAUCAGCUACUACUUCAAAGUGAGUAACUCUUAUGUGCUCCAGAAACUCAUCCUAAUACUUUUUCCGUAUCGCCACCGCGAUUGGUCACGUAUGAUUUCUGCCGAGGGUGGUAAUACAAAUGGCACCACAGGAGGCUCCACACUGUACGCGGCAGCAACUGAGGAUGUGAACGCACCUGAUUUGUACAUUCCUUUGAUGUCUUUCGUGACCUACAUUUUGUUGUGGGCUUUAUUCCUGGGUUUGAGGGGCGAUUUCCACCCUGAGGUGUUUGGUUACUUGGCCUCGCAAACCUUAGCAUGUUCGUUCAUCGACAUCGCCUUUUUCAAAAUCGGGCUCUACCUUCUCAAUUGCUCCACCAAUUCGUCGCUCUGGGAUCUCGUCGCAUUCAGUGGCUAUAAAUAUGUGCCCAUUAUCCUUUUGCUUUGUGCAAAGCAAGUUUUUGCUUCCUUGUGGGUUUUCGGCUUCUCUUUGGCUGUAGUCUCGAACUUGUCUGUGUUCUUGAUGAGAUCCUUGAAAUUUUUGGUGUUGCCAAUCGGUGCUGUUGAUUCCAAUGUCACUAUUUCCAACAGCCAGAGACGUAUGCGCGUGCAAUUCUUGUUCUUGUACUCUGUGGUGUUCCAAUUCGUCAUAGUCUUGUUCAUGUCACGGUAG